AUGGCAAAGUUGUUGCGUCUUCAUUUACUCCCAUUUUUCAUUUUCUUGAUCAGCUCACAAAUCAACACUUCUUCUGCUCAAAAUAGCUAUAACGUUCUGAGUUAUGGAGCCAAACCAGAUGGAAAAACAGACUCCAGUAAAGCCUUCCUUGAUGCAUGGACUGCAGCUUGUGGUUCCACAGGUUCAAGUACGGUUUAUGUACCAGCAGGGACCUUUUCGCUUGGCUCUGUGGCCUUUAAAGGUCCUAAUUGCAUAAGCCGUGAUAUUACGGUAAGGAUCGAAUGCACCCUAGUUGCUCCUAGUGAUUAUCGCAAACUUGCAGGAGCUGACAGUUGGCUUUGCUUUCACCUCGUUAAUGAUGCUUUCAAUUGUUGCUCACAAAUUAACACUUCAUCUGCUCAGCAAAGCUAUAAUGUGCUGAAUUAUGGAGCCAAACCAGAUGGAAAAACAGACUCCAGUAAAGCCUUCCUUGAUGCAUGGACUGCAGCUUGUGGCUCCACAGGUUCAACCAAUGUUGAUGUACCAGUAGGUAACUAUUUACUUCGCCCUGUGUCCUUUGAAGGUUCUAAUUGCGGUAGCCGCAAUAUCACCGUAAGGAUUGAUGGUACCCUAGUGGCUCCUAGUGAUUAUCGCAUACUUGGAGGAGCUGAAAGUUGGCUUGCCUUUCACCAAGUUAAUGGUGUUUCCAUUGCUGGUAAGGGGGUUCUUAAUGCAAAAGGGCCGUCCUUAUGGGAUUGCAAAGCUAAAGGCAGCAAUUGUCCUGAAGGAGCCACGUCACUAAAAGUGAUGAACUCCAACAAUGUAAGGAUCAAUGGAUUGACGUCAAUAGACAGCCAAAUGUUCCACAUUGUAAUUCAUGAGUGUCAAGAUGUGCAUGUUCAAGAUGUCAAAGAACCAGGGGUUCAUAAUGUGACAGUUAAGACUACAUAUUUUAAUGGUACAGAAAACGGGUUCAGAAUAAAGUCAUGGGCAAAACCCAGCACUGGAUUUGUCCAAAGAGUUCGAUUCAGUGGUGCCAAUAUUAAUAAUGUUAAAAAUCCCAUUAUCAUUGAUGAACAUUACUGUCCUCAAAGUCCAUGCCCUGAAAAGGGCUCAGGAGUAAAAAUAAGUGAUGUGGCAUAUAUAGGCAUUCGAGGAACAUCUGCUACACCAGUUGCGAUAAGUCUUAAUUGUAGCUCAAGCAAUCCAUGCACAGGCCUAAAGUUGCAAAAUGUAGAUUUGAACUACUUAAAAGGACGAGCUCAAUCAUCUUGUGCCAACGCAAAUGGACAGGCAGUUGGCCAAGUUCAACCACAAGGUUGUUUGUAA